AGGUAAAACUUUCAGAAUAACGAACAUCUGUAUUAACUUCUUCUAUAAAGGAAUAGGUUGUCUGCCGUUGCACUGCCAUCCAUCGCAGACGAUGGUAUCUACUCAGCGGAACCUGCCUAUUGCUAUACAAUAAACUCUGACGUCGGAAAAGCAGGAACUCAGAAAAUUAACAAGUUUUCAGUUAUAGAGCUUAUGAUCUUGACCCAACCACACGAGUUGAGAGCUCUUAUCAGAUCUGCGAGUGUCCACGUGUCCAUUCAUGAUCGGAAGACAAUCGCGAACCCCUUCUAUGAUGGAAUGAGGUUAGACGGAGGAAACAAGUACGAAGCAACCAUCACUGAAGUUCUCGAAAGAACUUCAUCACCGUCACCCUACGACACCCAUUGCAAAGAUUACUUGAGUGAAUGGAGACAGAAGAACGGAAGUGGACCUCUCACAUAUCAGGACUGUUUUCAAUCCUGUAUUAUUCAGAGCUUGAAGAAGGAGGACUUAUGCAUUCCUUAUUUCAUAUCCUACCCUCACAGAGAACGGAUCUGCGAUAAAUAUAAUAUAUUCAUUUCCGAAAAAUUGCAAACUAAUUGCAAAGAAGAGUGCAGAAAUCCAUGCUUGUAA